AUGCCUCUCGUCCGACGUCAGCGCAGCGCCGUCGACCUCAAGUCCCCGCGUAACGGCGACGCUCCAAUAGUUGCAGCAACCCCGGCGACGAAACGGCCCAGCACCUCGAAAUCGUCGAAACGGCCCAAAUCCUCCUACGAUGCAUUCUUGGCACCCCGUCCCGCCCAGUCUCGUCUCAGUCAUGAGGUCUUGAGGGGAGAUAUUGCCGAACCCGGUGCUGACCAACACUCCGAUCGCAACCACGAGUCGACCACGGCGUCGAAGCGGUUCAGCUUGAUGAAGUUUCGCAACUUCUCGGAAUCUCACCUGGGCACGCGAGCAAAGAUGGACGCGGAUAGACAACGUUUGGAACAGCAACGGCCACCAAUGCCCGCCCUCGCUCCGAACGUCGACGGCACUUUGCCGACCAUUGUGAAAACGGCCCCAACCACUGACGACCGUGGUGCUGAUAACAWUAUUGUGCAGCUUGUGGAUCAGGAGGAUGGCGAGGUUGGGCGGAAAGUCCGGCCGUCAAUCUUCAAGAGGGCUGCUUCCCAAGGACGCAUGACUCCACGUAGAUCCACCGACGAGAAGCGAAUGGCCGGGAAGAGCUCGUCGUUGAAGUGGCGGAGAGGGAAGAACAGUGGUUUGGAAGACUUGCAUCGACUUUCCGCGAUGCACCUCGGCAACUCCGCCAGCAACCUCAACCCGGGGUCGGCACCUCCCUCCUAUGGCGACGAGGAAAGCUCCGCCCUCGCUCUUCCCCUCCCCCAAUUUGCGGAUCCCUCCCGCAACUCGGAGUCGUCCCGAUCGGACGGGAGCAAUGCCAGUUCAGGCGAUGGACCUAUAUACGGCUCAACCACCACCACCACACAUACCGUCUCGACGCAUACUACCUUUUUCAGAUUACCACGACGAAAGAAGAAUCGCGCUUCACUAUUUCCUCUACCGGUCACACUUGCACCUCCUGAUGAAGCACAGCAGCGUGAAGGGAUUCAUCAAGGGCCGCAUACUCCACGCGCUUCCACACAGUCGUGUUCGCCUGACAUUGAUCGCACUCCCAUCCCGGAUCAAAGGCCUGGCAGCAAUUCUCUUCAGAGACGGCACACUGACGCUGCCAGCCCGGCCAAGUAUAAGUAUCGUCAGGCAGCUCAUCCGGCACUUCCCAAAGGAGCUUUGACCUUCGCCGACCCGGGCGUAGGCCUCGCUCGGGACAGUUCCAGAGCAUCGGCCACAUCGGCCAGCUCGUCACCGCUGCAGCUGCCUCCAAUGCGACUAGGGCUGAGAAAUAGAUCUUCCACAACCAGCUCGUUUGCUCGCAGUGUGCAGGAUGGGUCAGAGACGCCGCCGCCCAGGACAUCUACCUCGACGACUGGGAGAUCCAGUUUUGGCGGAUUGCUCAGUCUCUCCCGAUUCCGUCAGGGAUCUGAACCCUACUCACCGCGCCAUGGAUCGCCGGGAAGGAGAAGCCAUGCCAAUUCGUUUGCAAUCAGCCGAGAAGCUCUCGUCAUACCUGAGCGAGAGGAAGGAGAUACGCCAGGAAGAUACCUUGAACGUCUGGAGUCAGCAGUAUCCAGAAGCGUCAUCGCUGGAAUUCUUUCCAAGUCCGCGGAUCCCUUCGCACAGGCUGUAUUACGAAGCUAUACUCGGCGGUUCCCUUUUUUCGGCGAACCAAUCGACAUGUCUCUGAGAAAGUUUCUGCUGGAAGCUGAGCUGCCCAAGGAGACACAGCAAGUGGACCGCGUUAUUCAGGCCUUUGCGGACAGAUAUCACGAGUGCAAUCCUGGCAUAUUCACCAACACGGAUACCGCAUACAUUGUUGCUUUUUCGAUCAUGAUGCUGCACACCGAUGCUUUCAACAAGAACAACAAGCGUAAGAUGCAGAAGAGUGACUACGUGAAAAACACUUCCGGUCAGGGGCUCGAUUCUGAGAUUCUGGCGUGCUUCUACGACAACAUCUGCUACACGCCGUUCGUUCAUUACGACGAAGAUGUGGACAUCAACGGAGAACGGGUCCUUCCUUUCCAAGCGAAGAAGGCGGCCGGGAAAUUGAAGAGUGCAAUACCAGGUAGCGAUGCUGUCGCGAAGAAGCCCUCGGGACCGGUCGAUCCCUACAAUCUGUUGGUGGAACAGAAGCUAGAUACACUGCGCCCGGCUCUAAAGGAGAGUAUCAUGAUGGACGAUCCGUACGACUACCGUGGCAGUCAAGGUAAUCUUGACCCGCAGUACCUUCAGCGAGCGUUCACGCAUACUGGAAUUCUCCAGAUCAUCUCAGCGAGGUCGAGGCCAGCUGCGUAUGAGAACCAAUUUGUCAGCGGCAUUGCAAAUUCGGCAGAAUCUCAGCAAGGCAUUGUAGACCUGAAGAUUACCAAGGUGGGCACACUAUGGAGAAAAUCUGCGAAGAGAAAGAAGACGCGAAGCCCAUGGCAAGAAUGGGGCGCAAUUCUCACCGGAUCCCAGUUGUAUCUCUUCAAGAACCCGCACUGGGCGAAAGGUCUCGUGGUCCAAUUCAUGAGCCAUCAGCGUCCUGGACAUGCUCGAACGCCGGUAGUGUUCAAGCCGCCUAUUUCCGAGUUCAAGUACGAUGCACUUAUCAAGACCGACGAUGCCGUUGCGCUGGUGGAUUCAACGUAUACCCGCCACAAGCACGCAUUUACCUUCGUUAGGCCUGGUGGGAUCGAGGAGGUCCUGCUGGCCGACAACGAGAAUGAGCUCAACGAUUGGCUUGGCCUAAUCAACUACGCAGCCGCGUUUCGUGCGGCUGGCGUUAGAAUCAGGGGCAUGGUAGGAGGCAAUGAAGAGGAUCAGCGUGCGAAAGAGGUGCGAAGACUCGAGUCAACCAGCUCGGCUCGAUCGAUUGAAAACGCCCUGGGCGAAGUCAAUCUACGCAACAGAGGGUUGAGCCCACAGCUGCAGCGACAGGUCAUGGCUGCGCGCCGGCAGAUCAUGGUGCAGAAGAUAGGAGAGAUUGAGGUUGAUGUUACAGACGCUAACAGACGGUUGGAAAUGUCGCUUCGAAAUGCACGGCAUCUCUUGUUGUUGGCGCCCAUCAUGCAGAAGACGCGUGAGGAUGUGAUCCUGGCGGCUGCAAAAAAGGACACCAGCAUCAAUUGGGCGAGGAGGGAAAUCUGGCGCAUGAAGUGUCAUCGCGAUAUACUCGCCAUGGACGUCCGCUUGGACGGUCUGAGUGCUAGCGAGUUGGAGAAACUCACCUCAGAUCAGCAGGCCGAAUAUGAGGCUGCGAAGAAGGAAAAAGCGAAUGAAAGGGAGAAGCCGAAGAUGCUGUCUAGACUGAGUUCAUCGAGAGCGCCUGCUACCAGGAGUCCGCCCCAGAGCCCAGUCACGGUUGGAAGACCAUCAAUGGCUUCUUCCGACAGCUUCAUGAGUGGUGACGUCUUCCGCACACCGCCUGAAACCAAUAGCCCAUCACGAGAGGAGGGAUGGCUCCUCCCGCCGCUCAGCCUCGAUACAACUGCCCAGGACCAACACCGCCCUUCAAUAACGAGCACAUUCUUAUCGACCACGUCCAAUGGCACAACUCUAGCACGCUCCUCGUCGACCUCGAGCGUCAACCAGGCGCAAAGGACAAGAUCGAACGGUCUCUCCGAGGAAACUAAURGCAGCUUCGACGAAAGAGAACUUGAACUUCUGGCUCGAGCGACUAUGAAAAUUGAUUCUGAAGCCCCAUCCGCACUGGGGCUGGGAGCCGGCCCAUCUCCCGACAAUAAACACAAGGGCGUUCGACGAAGUCUUCAAAAGACCCUGCGCGAGCAUUCCCACAAUAGCUCUGCGCACAAACAUCGUCGGAACAAGGAAAGCGAGAGCACUGUUCGAUCCGCGGGCGGAGCACAGGCAGAAGAGCGCGAAGAGGAGGUUGGGUUGACGCGAGACAAACCGCGAUUCAUGCUCCACGGCAAGCAGGCCUCUGUGGUGCAAUUUGGAGGUGACUGGGAGAGAAUGCGUAUGAGGAGAGAGAAGUAUGGUAGCACUUCGGGUCAGAGUGGCGGUUCUCCAACUCAAGCGGAGCGUGAGUUCCAGCGUAACCGCAGUCCUGCGGUGCAGGAGUUCCGCCGAGGAAGCGAUGACACUGAUGACACCACUGGGAGCGAUCUUUCAGAACGCACGAAACGCAGCUUUAGAGAAGAUGCGGAGGCUGCGUUCGCGCUCAGCACUUUGCGCUGGAGCAUUGGAAACGAAGACGCGGCCAGCAAGCACACCCAAAAACACAGGGUUGGAAGUGCGGAGACUGCCCGGCACAGAAGGCCUAGUGAUUUGAUGAGAGGUGGGGCGAGGGGCGACGCCGCCAUCGAUGAAGCCAUCAGCUCAGAAAAUGAGAUAGAAGAUGACCUCGCGUCUAGAAGGGAGAAUCGCAGGACGGUCAUCGGACCUUCCACGAAUGGGACUGUAGAAAGAUAUCUAGACCCUCGAGUGGUCGAGUCUGGAGAGUCUGAUGCGGAAACGAGCUCCGUUGAGGGCGAGGGAGGUUUUGUCAACCCAAUCAGUGACGACGACCUGAGGAAAAUGAGUACGGACUUGCAUUGA